ACCCGGAUGUGAGCUGUCGGAAGUCCCUCGUGGUUCAGACACCGGUAACGGAGCACGGUGAGAGGCGGACAGGCCGCGAUUGCGGAGAGCUGGCAUCGGCCUUCUCCGGGAGAGAAAACCAACUGCUCCUGUUAUCAUCCCUUUGAGCGUCAUGAGCAGCCUCAGGCCUUGUGUGAGCUGGGUCCCCCGCGGUGUGGCCAAGGAAACCCCAGAUAAGGUGAAUCUGAGUAAGGAGGAGUUGCAGCAAUUAAUCCUCGAUGCAAGAGAAGAAUUUGAUGAUCAGAAGGAAGACGAAGAACAGGCAGAGGAAGGAGGGAAUGAGGAGGAGUUGAUGGAUGCAACAGACAAUCCUGCCUCAGGUGAUUCCAAGACCCAAGAGGAAGGAGAAGAGGAGGAAGACAAUGACAGCCUGGCAGAAUAUGACCUUGAUCAAUAUGAUGAGGAGGAAGGUGGUGUGAAUCUUGGCGACACUUUGGGAGGACUCACAGUCUACGCUAGCAAUGAAGAUGAUCCAUAUGUCACUCUUAAAAAUACAGAUCAAUAUGAAGAUGAAGAUUUCAAAAUCAAGCCCACUGACAAUCUGAUAAUUGUGGGGAAAGCUGAAAGGGAUUGCUGCAGCCUAGAGAUUUAUGUUCACAACCAAGAGGAGCAAUCUCUCUAUGUUCAUCAUGACGUGCUGCUUCCUGCCUAUCCAUUGUGUGCUGAAUGGCUUAACUUUGAUCCAAACCCAGAAAAACUAACAGGGAAUUAUGCUGCUGUGGGUAACAUGACUCCUGUGAUUGACGUGUGGGAUCUGGAUGCAGUCGAUUGUCUGGAACCAGUUUUCAGUCUGGGGAACAAGAAGACAAAGAAGAAGAAGCAAGGCAAAAAGAGUGCAGAGAUUAGGGAGGAGGGACACACGGACGCAGUUCUUGAUUUAUCUUGGAACAAAAACGUCAGGUCUGUUCUGGCUAGUGCAUCUGCUGAUAAGUCAGUGAUUCUCUGGGAUAUGUUGCAGAAGAAACCUGUGACGAAUCUCUCUUCACAUACAGACAAGGUGCAGACUGUCUGCUGGCAUCCAUUCGAAGCACAGACGCUUCUCUCAGGAUCAUUUGACAAGUCAGCCAGACUGUAUGACUGCCGGAAUCCAAAGGAGAACUGUCGCACUUGGAGAUUCAGUGGGGAGGUUGAACGCGUGAAGUGGAAUCAUUUUUCACCAUGUAACUUCCUGGCCAGCACAGAGGACGGUUUUGUGUACUGUUUGGAUGCUCGUUCAGAUAAACCACUUUUCACGCUGAAAGCUCAUGAUGGAGAAGUAACAGGUUUGGAGCUCAGUAGCCAAAUCCAAGGCUGCCUGGUAACAUCGUCUUCUGAUAAACACGUGAAGGUUUGGGACAUUUUGGGGAAUAAGCCCAGCUUGGUGCAUUCCAGGGAUAUGAAAAUGGGUGUGGUGUUUUGUGCAGCUUGUUGUCCAGACUCUCCAUUUCUCUAUUGUUUUGGAGGUCAGAAGGGAGGUCUGCGCAUGUGGGACAUCAGCAGCGUCUCUGCAGUGAACACGGCCUUUGGAUCUCGUGAAAGAUUGCAGGUAGCUGCACCAUGGAGGUCAUCGGUUACUAGCUCUGUGACUAGCAGCACGACAGUGCAAAUGGAGUCUUAGUCUGAAGAGCGCAGACACUUACAACCUCAGAGGACAUCUCCUUACAACCUUCCAGUUCCUCUUGUCAAUAUGCAUUGAUUACAUCGAGGAAAGACGAUGCCAACUGAUUCCUUUUAAUGUCUUAUUACGUUAUAUAAAAUUACUGAGCAGGUAUCCUGUCUCAUUUGUGUAAUAAAAUUGAACAUUGCUUAUA